CUUCCCGUGAAAAGCAGCAGCGAUUGACAAAUUUUACGCUCGCAAAAUACGGGGAACAGUGACCGAUUUGCCGGAAUACUCGCUUGUUCGGAAAUAUUCAGGUAAAAAAUGACCUUCCAUUUGUAACUGGAAUUAAGAUGGAAAGUGAGUCAACAGAAAUAGACUUCCGGUCCCUUGAAGACGAAUUGUACGACAAUGAAAUUACGCAGAUCCUGAGUCAACCAAAUACAGCGGAAAAGAGUACACUGAACACACCCGAGCUUCCGGCGGAUAUUGACUCACUUGUGGACCGCUUAUCCGUGGAACUCAAACAAACCGCGGAAAAGUUGUUUCAAGUGAAACCAUGUGGGUCCCCAGAAGGAGAGACGACGUCAGACGACGCACCACCCAGGGAAAGCCAAUCAGUCGUACAGAAUCUAGAACACAGAGAGAAAGAAGCCACACAAGACACAUCAAGCGAUAUAGAAAAGGAAAAUACCGAGCGCAUGGGCCAAUUAUCUGUAGAACUGAAGGAAGCGGCAGAGAAACUAUUUGCAGUGGAUCCCCUUGGGUCGUCUGAGAGGGAUCUCUCGUCAUCGGAUACAGAGAGUAGCGACCCGGAGUCAUCAUCAGGGGAGGAUGGCCAGUCUGAUGCUUCAUCUGUGGAUAGCGAAAAAUCGGAUGAGGUCUCCGAAAAUACCGGACAAGAGAGUGAAUCCGACAGCGACCAGUCAGAAUGUAGACAAGGCUCAGUGGAAUCUGUGAAAUCAGAAUCCAAUGUCGAAAGUGAAAGGAAUGCGACAAAAUUUCCAUCGGAAGAAUUUCAAGAUGGAAAACUUUUUAAAAUUAUGGAAUCUAAUGGUAAAGAAUCACAAAUUGUUAGUAACGAAGACUGCUCCAAAGUUAUGCAUGACAAACCAACCGAUGGUGUUUAUUCUUGUGAAAAAAGAGAUAAAAUAGAAUCAAUUGAAAAGGACGAUCUUUGUUUGAACAGUGAAAAUGAAUGUACGCUUCUUAUCACUGAUGUACGAAGUGAAAGUGUUGAUUUUCAUCAAAAUGAAAACGAGACAAUAGCGAAAGCAGAAGUCCGUGAAUCGGUGACCAGUAAAGAUAAUGUACCUUCCGGUGGUCAAGCCUGCACCGAGGAAAGCAACUCUACACCUCACUCCAAUCCUUUAAUAAAUCUGGAAGAAAACGAAACCUGUUUGGUCGUUGAAAACGUUUAUUCCCUCUCAGAACGACCCGAGAACACUUCUCAGGACCUCCCUCACGCUCAGGAUGAUAGUGACGUGUGCGAAAACAACAUCACAUCGCGAUCUCUCAGAGAUAGAAAGGCUUUGGCGAAAGCUAAGGCCUCCAAAACAAAUGGCCCACCUCAACCAAAGAAAAGGAGAAGAAUGAAAAAGACAAUGAAAGCAAAUAGUCAAAAGGAGUUUAUUAAAGCCGACGACGAUAGCAUUUUCAAACCCGUAAAAUCUGACGAUUUCAAUUCUCUACCAAACUUGGAGACUGAAAACAAUUCCCGUCUUAACAGUGACGAUGUCGGUGAGGAACUUGAGAAAAAGGACAAGAUGGCGGCAUAUACACUUCGAGAGGAUGGCCAGUUCAAAUGUUUAUUCUGUAGUUGUAUUAUAUCGACCAAAGCACGAUUUAAGUUACAUAUUUUGCGAUUACAUAAUAAAAAAUAUACUUGUAGACAUUGUGGGAAAAAUUUUCUUAAAUGUCAAGAUUUGGCUAUCCAUGUCAAAACGAGGCAUGUUGAUGCCCUGAAAUACAAAGUAUGUAAAACUGGUGAAGUUAAAUCAAUCGAAAAAAAUCAGCACAAAUCCAAACAAUUCACGAAAAAAUGUACUUUGAUCAAAACCAAAGACAAUGGAGAGCUCACCUAUGCUUGUGGCUAUUGUGAUGAAAUAUUCGAUAAACAACAGAGUCUGGCAUGUCACAUCCGAAACAAACAUGUAUUACCAAAUAAUUCAGGGAAAAUCGUCUACCAAAAAAGCGGAAAAUUUAAAAGAAAGUCAAAGAAGAACUUAAUAGCCGAGAUCACAGGCGAGAACGAAAAUGUAACCAUUGAAAGUCCGAUGAAAAAGGUUAGGACAAACGAAUCAUUGUGCAAUUUAGAGGAUGAAGAAAAUCACGAGAAGACAGAAUAUCGUGGAAAAGGGCCACGCAGAGCCACCAAAGCAUCACUUGCUGCAGAAAGUGGUUUAGAAAAGAUAGCGAAACUACAAGAAGAUUACAACAUCCGUAUAUCUCACCAAACAUUUAGGUGUCGCCAUUGUCCUAAAUGGUUCUUUAAGAAAGCCGAAUUAACAGUUCAUAUGCAGAAACAUAAAGGCGAGAAAAGAAAAUGGAAGGAAGAAAUAGAGGAAAACACUGAAAACCUAGAAGACGUUGCAAAUAAAGGAACAGAUGAAACUCACCAACGAUCCGUAAAUCCCGAUGUUUUCUGUAAAUACUGCACCUCGAAAUACAAGUCUUUGGAUAAUCUCAAAAUUCACAUUGUUCAACAUCUAGGUGAAUUUUACAAAGAAGAAAUGACAGAUUCUAAAUUGGAAUGCGCUUUUUGUGGGUGUAAUUUUCACAAUGUGAAUUGUUCUAACAUUGGAAAGAUAAUGAGUCAUUUAUUUGACCACUUUUCCCCAGAAACACGAGACAUAGAUCCCUACAAUUUGUUAGAGUGUCAGUAUUGUGGAAUACCAUUCUUAAGUAUGGAAAAACUUCUUCUGCAUGAAAAUGAACAUCGUAAAUUUCUGGAGACCAAGAAUCCUAAGAAAAUCAUGAAAAGAGAAGAACUCGAUAACAGAACUAUAGUAAAAGACACAGAGGCUAAAGAGAAAACGAACUCUGCACUUGAUACUGUUGAAGAUCCGGUGCCUUUUACAUGUGGGAUGUGUUCUUCGAGGUUUCCAACGUCCCAAUAUCUUCUGCAUCACAUGACACUUCAUAUGAAAGGGAAAUAUGUCUUUCGAGUGGAGGUUGAUAAGUCCAAAGCUACUCAGGAAUCACCGCCUGUCACACAAGAUGUUGAAACAACCAAUCAACAGGUUAGAUCUCUAUCUCCUAGAGUACCUAUACUAGUAAAGGCUACAAGCGUUGCAGCGGACGAACAGUUUACAAGCGCACAACACAUUUCUGCUCUUGUACAAGACCGUAUCCAAACUAUGCUGCGGAAAAGUGUUCAAGUUGGUGACGGUAAUAGGUCCAGCACUUCGUCAAAGAACACCAAACUGCGAAACCAAACGAGUGCAACUCCCAAGCCUAGGAUGGAACUUGUACCACUCACGUCAAAAAUCCCGUCCAUUGAGAAUACACAGAGUUCAAGUAGAGUUCAAACAACAGUUAAUGAUGCACCCCACAUGCACAACUAUGCACGACCAUUACAAGUAACACGGAAUUUCGUUUCUAUAAUUACAAAACAACCAAUUCAACCAAACUCACUAGACAGUCCAGAAUCUUCUAAUGCUAGUACAACUUCACCAAAUAAACAUGAUUCAGAAAUGAAUAAAAAUAAACGAAAACAAACUUUUCGUGCAUCAGAAAUAAAGGCAGAUUUUGAAUUCAAACCGGUAACAUCAAACAUUGAGGUGGUCAAGAACAACAGGCGAAAACAGACUUUCAGGCGUGUGUCUGAGACGGACGAGGACGAGAGCGUUGAGCUUCCGCCCAUUCACCGAGCCCAGGAUUUAAUGGACUGCUCCAGUACAGAAACUGCUGAAGAUGAUGCGUCCGAUUACACUAACAACGAAGGCGAGGCAGAGAACGGACUCCCCGCACGUCAGGGCAGUAAGUACAAAGAGGUCAGCGAUUCUUCAGAGUCGAAAACAAGCUCGGAUUCUGCUUCUGAUUUUGAGAGAGACUGGAAGUCGAGAUAUUACAAUAAGAAAAAGAAAAUCAGUCGUAAGAAAAAGAGAAGAGGUGCUCGUAAAAGGUCAACCAAUACUAGACAACGCCCUCUAUCGGAGAGUUCUCGUGGAUGGAAGCGAAAAAUCAACUUUGUAGAUGGUAAAUGGUUUGAGUGUUCAUUGUGUCUGUAUAAAUGUACUGGGAAGAAAAAGUACUUGACACACUUGAAGACGCACGAGUCAGUAGACUUAGAAGGCAUUGUGCAAUGUAACAUUUGUCAUCGAAAGUUCAUGUCCAAAUGGCAUUUACAGAUCCAUAAGACUCAGCACAGGAGUAACGAGUACCAGUGUUCCUUCUGUGGCAUGGACUUUGCCACGUCAAGUGCUAUUGUGAACCACAUUGACGAAGUCCACAAAACAAGUGGAUAGAGCAUAUGAAGGAGUUGGAUGAUUCCCUUUUUUAUAUAACUUUUUUUUAAUGAUGAAGGUUCUUUAGGCAAUGGCUGGCUCAGCCGUUGAAUAAUUUAAUGUGUUCAUACAUCAUAUUAAUUAACUGCAGCAGUUUGUAUGGAAGUGCUAUUGAUGUUAUGGUUGUUUGUUCUUAAAUUAAUUACUUUUAUGUUGUUGUAGUUUACACCUCAAAGAGAUGUUGUUUUUUGAUAAAUUGUUUACUUAUUUUAGAAUACCAUAGUUUGGUGUUGUCGCUACACAGUAUAUAUAUGGGUAUAUAUCGUUUCGUUUCAUGACACCAAUCUGAAUGCAAAAAACACCCCACAUGCAAUAUAUAACAACCGAACUAAAAAUUUUAAACAUGAAUAAACUCAAUUCUUUAUUCACACAA